AUGGCCCAAAGUAAUGAUCUACUUUCUACUGAGCUGAAUAAGUGGACAAAAAGCGUGAUCGUUGACUUCAUUAUUACUCAAUCACUACCUACUGGGGUGAAAUUGAGUGAGGAAUUGUCAACAUUCUUAAAAGGAUCUUCUGAGAACUCAUUAAAUGUGGCCACUAUUCUUCAAUCUGUUGUCGAUGAGCUCAAAUCUGUAGCACUUAGUAACUCUAAGUUACAUGAUAAGCUAAACCGUCUCAAUACGACUGCUAAGGUUUCCACUUCUCCUAAUUUAAAUACUGGUUCAAACAAUCAACCAACUACUUUACUCUCCAAGCUGAAUGCGGUUACUCAUUCUAGACAGCCUGCAAUCCAAUCGACUGCUAGUUUAUCCUCGUCCAUAAAAUCAAAAUUUAUCGUUGGCUCUCAUAAAAGUGUAUCCUCCAAGUUGUCUUCAGUGCCAGUGCGGAGGCAUAUUGAUAUCUUUGUCUCAAGACUUGAGCCAUGUGUAACGACCGCUAUGCUUGAAUCUGAAUUGUUCAAUAGCUACUCAGAUGUGACCAUAAAUAAAUUAGUGACAUAA